AUGACGUCUGCAGAUCAAAUUUCGUCUUUGGCAGCUUCACCAGACGCACUUCUGCGAUUCGACGAUUUCUACAGGUAUGUGCUUGCUUUUUAUUGUAUUCUUUUUUAGUCUGGACGUUACUUCUGACUACUUCUCUCAAUUUGGGACCCUCAUUGCCAAAUCGAAGAAGAAGGCGAAAAAUAAGAAGGAUUUGGAAAAACUUUUCGUUCAAACUUUGAAGGAGAUCACCGGAAAGCUGUUUGCAGAAAAUAGAAUAUCAGAGCUUGAAGUGUUCCUGACGAAAGAUGUAAGUUUAAUCCCUUGUUGAUAAAAUUUUAUCAGUCUGCUUGGUUAAUAUAAAAUUCUUGGAUUUUAGGAGGAAUCCUACGAAUCUGAAGAUGAAAGUCGAAAGUACGUGUUAGCCCUGGCGUUGGGAGAAGAUUGGGCCGAACCAAUCUUCCGGGGACCUCCAAGCAAUACCCCUGAGGGCAAAGAAUUCCGAAAUGAUUUUGUGGACUUGGCGGAAAUCCGAAAAUAUGCCGAUAACUCAUUGUGCGAGACCGUUGAAUGGGUGAAAAUGAACAAGAAUGCUCAUCCAGAUGAGAGUGAGGAUUUCAAGAAGAGUAUUCCACAAAGGUGGCUCGAAUUUAUCGUUUAUAAGUGAGUCUUGGUUCAUGGAUAAUGUCGAUUUCCCUAAAUUCUUUUGUUAUUGUUCAAUUUUUAGAAAGCUCAUGCUCCCAGAAGGAUCUCUGCAACACAUUGCGAAAGCACCGGCCCACUGGACAUCGCUUAUCCCAAGAAAUCAACUUCCACCAUCAGUUGUUCAUAAUGCCUUUGCCAAACUAGGGAAAAUGUUCAGAGAAAUCAAAGAAGUUCCGUUGCAAAUUGUUGGAGUUAACUGUGUGUCUGGUUAUUAUCGUAAUACUGAGGUUAGAGCGACUUUUUUUUAUAAUUUAUUCCUUGUUUUAGCCAAUUGCUUACGUUCCUGCACCAAAAAUUGUGGGUAAUGCCAAGAAACUCCUGAUGAAAAAGCUGAGCGUUGAUUCUCCGGUCCCUCCACUGCAGCCUACUGUUGAUGGUAAGUGUCUUACUGUUUUUUAUUUUAUUUUUAGUUUACAUUUCUUUGGAAAGGAGUGGAAAAUGGGGUAAAGUCCCGGUUCAAAUUGCUGCCUACAAAACGCUAUACUACGAUGUGUUGGCCAAGGAAUUUGCAAAGCAAUACAAAGCCGUUGCAGUCCCACAGAAGGAUAGGAUUCUCAUUAAAUUGGAUCGAAUCAUCUUCUCGGUUUAUAUUGUGCAUGAUGAAGAGUUGGAAAGACAUCAAGCGGAGAAUGAACAGCCGCAGAAACUGGCAGAUCCUUUCACAAAACACGCUCAUCUUGCGAUAUUGACACAGAAAUUACACUCGAUUGGAACGAAAUUCAGCGCGUUUGCAGAGUCCGUUCAUUUGGCCAAAAGAUUUGUUGCCGGAGCUCAAUUGAGUAACCAUUUUGAUCCACUAGUCAUCGAAUUGCUAGUUGCAUAUGGAUUUUUGAACGCUGCAGGAAGGAACAGUGGUAAUGGACCUUUGUGAGUUGAUUUUUUAUGAAAAUUUGAGGAAGGUUUUAUGUUGUAGUAGGUGAAAUUGGAUAAAAAGUAUAAGAUCUUGGUUAAUUGGUUUCGGGUUUCUGUUAAACUUGUUACAGAUGUCAAUAAGAGUUUAUAAAAUGUUUGCUGAAAUUUUUCUGGAAUUUCAUGAAUUACUAUCGACUUAUAUUACUUUAGAGCAUAACUUAUGUCAUCAAUUUUCAGGACCUCGUUGUCUGGAUUCCUCCAAUUCCUGAAGACCUUGGCCACUUUCAACUUUGUUCAAGAGCCCCUUUUUGUCGAUAUAAAUGAAAAUUUCAAUGAAGAAUCGAAGCAGGAACUCCGUGAACUUUUCAUUAAGCGACGGCCAGUCCUCCCGCCAAUCGUCCUAAUUACGCCUGAAGACAAGAGUGGAAUUCGAUUAAUGGCCAAGAAAACGGAACCAUUUGCCGCGAAAAGGCUGAUUGAUUUAGCGAAGGAAAAGUGGAACGAUUUGAAGGGACGAUUGGAGGAGGGAAAACAUGUGGAUUUAAGCCGGCUAUGCACAACAAAUUCUUCGAUUUACGACCUGAAAAUUCAACUGGAUCAGAACAAAGCAACUCAUUUUCCAAAGCCAGUCAAGUCCACACAAACCAGGGAUAAGAUCUCCAAGAAAUGCGCGUUUGUUAUACCGGUGGUGGACUUUGAUUUAUCCAAGAGGUUGGUCUCGGAAUUUGAAAAGCAUUUUGGUUCGAAGUUGAUGUUUUUCUACGAUGAAUUUGAAACAGAAAUGAUCUAUGGAGCGCUGAGACCCAAUUUCAAAGUUCCGAAUGUGGAUUUGACGGUAAGAAGAGACGAAUUUUUUGGUUUGAAGUUGAUUUUUAUCUUGUGUAAUAUGUUUUCAUAAAUUGUGGUGAAAUUUUGUGUUUAAAAGUCUCAAGUUUGAUUGUUUCUUAUUCUAGUUGACGAAUUGCUCACUCAGAAAGAGGACCGGCCCUAAAAAUGAAGUUAACUUGCAAGCAUUAGCUGAAGAUCUCCAAAUUAUUGGGCAAGGUAUUGUAAAAUCGAUCACAAAUGCCAAAGGAAUUCAGCUGGCUGGAGCCAAGACUGUAAAGAAAGCUUUGAAGAGGAAAGCCGACAGUAAGGUUACCAAAAAGGCGGCCAAAAAGCCGAAAAAAUCCAAGGUUUGAUCAUGGAUAAUAUAAAAAUGUCCACAAAUUGUUGAGAACUUGUUAAAUUUUACUCAUUACUUGUUAUUCAUGUUAUUUUUGAAUCAUAAAUUGUUUUUUGUUGAAUUGCUAGCAGUUUUUUUGAAUUUGAAAAUGAUUUUUUUUGAUUUUCUGACGAAAUUUGCAAAAUUUUAUUAAAUUUGAAUAUUCUUUUUGAAAUUUCCCUUCCUCGUCUUCAUUGUUGUUGUGUUCAUUCUGAUCGGCGGACGGUUGUCGAUCAUUCCCAUUGCGGACUUGUAAUUCUCACCCACGUCAAGAAUACUGUAGCUGGAUUCGAGCUGAUACUGUAAGCGCUUUUGUGUAAAAAUUCUUUUAUUCCGUAGUUUACCCUUCCAUUUAGUUUUCAUUGGCGUUGUAACAAGCUCUUCGAAAUGUCUGCCCAAACGACCAAAGAUCCGCUUCGGGACAUGGUGAUCACUGUCACUUUUCAAUCGAUCAUGGCUGGCUCGGAACCGGUAAGGCCUCAAAGCAAAUUUCCGUGUCACGCACGCCUGUUCAUCUUCGUUUUUGCCAAGUUUGGUGCCAGUCCGAUAAAAUUCCUUCGAGUUAUAGUCAUUUUGACUUAUGUUACACUUGAAAUCCCCAGAAUUUUUUGAAAAAAUUUUUUUAGUGUAAAUCUGAGGUCCGCCGUGAUGCCACCGUCCGAGAUCUCAAGUUUAUCUAUCAAGCCAAGAGCGGUUGUCCCGCGGACAUGGUCAGAUUCACUUACAAUGGCCGAGAACUUUCGUAAGUCGCCAAAAUUUGACUAGACUGGACAAAUUUAGUAACGACGACGAAACGCUGGAAGGAUUUGGAAUGACCACCAACUGCAGUGUCUAUGUGAGCACUCGCGUCGAGUCGGGCCUAAUAGAACGGACCCCACCACCCAGUCCAGGCCUCUUUUUUGCCGCCGAUAUUCUCAUUCCGCAGAACGUGGAGGCCUUGAGUCAGAUGGCCAGUAUCAGAGAUGCGAUCAAAAAUAUGACCAAUAUUCCAAACCAGUCGAGUAUAGACAAGCCCCCGGACCUCGCCAAGAAAGGAGAAGGCCUAUGGACGCCGGAGAAACAAAUGGAACAUCAAGUAAAUUUUGAUGACUUUUGAUGCAAACAUUGAUUUAGAUCACCAGAAGUAGGAUGCGAGAUCUUCUGAAACGUCGGAAAAAAGUCAGUGCCAGGACUCCGGAAAACUUUAGGGAUACUGGGUCGCUCUGCAGCUCGGUUGGAAUGUAAGUGUAAUUUUUUUGUCAAGUGUAAGAUUGUAAUGCCUAGUAUAAUGUAAAAAUUUUUAGGUCUCCGUUGGCAUCCGAGCCUGGUACUCCAAGGAAUGAACUGUCAAAGUCUUCAAGUCUCAGCGAUCUCAGCAAUUUGACUCCAAAGAGCACUGCCUCAGGCACUUCUGUAGUUGAACCAAUGGAAAAGCCAGUGACCGAAAAGGAGGCUAAAGUAAGGUUUUUUGGAGUUAUUUUGGAGGAAAAUUGAGUUAAUGCCGCCUAGUUGGACCUGUUUUAUCUUCAGAUAUUCUUCGAUCCCGCCGAAACUGCCCGCGAUUUGAUUGUGGUCCAUCAGGACCUCUACGAUCCCCCAAGAAACAGAGAAGAGUUGGCGGCGAUCAAAAAGGAAGUGGAAAAAAGAAGAAAAACAACUUGUGGACUAUGCAGAAGGAGGCUGCCGAUCAGCCAGCAGACUGCCAUCUGCAAAUGCCAGCUCACUUUCUGCGAACGCCAUAAGAAUCCGGAAGAUCAUCGAUGCAAUUUUGAUUACAAGUUGAGCGGACGAAAGAAGCUGGUCAAGGACAAUCCCAAAGUCGAAGGUGGAGGAGCUCGUAAGGGGAAGCCGGAAGGGUAG